AGUUUGCCUAAAAUUAAAUAUAAGUUGAUAACAGGUUGUAACUGUAAUAAUGGUUAUUCAGUACAGUAACGCCUGAAUGUAAUGUUACAUGUACAUGCGUUUCACGAUGUCGCGUAAUGAGGGCAUGUUUACGUAAGAAAAAUCAUAAUGAAGGAGGGUGUUACGACAAUCUUGUUUUUCACUUGAAGUAUAAUUAUUUUUGCAAAACAUAACAUUACUAUGUACCUAGUAAGAUUAUUUAUUUUUGUUGUAAAUCAAGUGAAGCAAUUAAAUUUGCAAGAGCUCAAUUCGGUUUUAGGAGUGUGCGGAGGCGUGCGUGUGCAAAGAAAAAGAUUCUUUAUAACUUGUUGCGUGUAUAGACAAAAGAUAAAACAUUUCUUUUGUGUGCAGAACAAUAACAUUGGCAUACGCGUUAACAAAAUCGGAGAUACUUUACCAAAUAAAUUCAUGUGUGAAUAAAAGAUGUUUGUGUCUUGAAACAAUAGAGACACGAAGGGUAAUUAAAUUUUUAAAUAUUUUCUUGUGUUAUUGCCUUAGCAGUUGCAGUAAUUAUAAAAAACAAUAAGCCACACGAAAAUUCAUGCAAUUGUUAAAUUUUACCUGUGGGACAUAAACUCUAUAGUUUUUGACAUGCAAAAAUAAAUCAUGUAUUUAAUAAUGGAUAUAUAAUAGAAACGAAAGUUGUGACGCAAAUAAAAGCUUGUGUAAAGGUCAUAACUAUUGUGCACACGUAAAACUGCAUUCAAGCGGUACUGUAGUUAUAUAGUAUUUAUAACAACAGUAUAGUAUAUAGUAUUUAAAACAACAAUAAUUAGAAUGCUGUUAAAAGCUGUUGAUAUUUGGGAUUAAAUUGGGAUUAAAACGUGAACAUAUCAAUUUUAAAUGACGGUUGCAGGCAUGCAUCGUUACAAGACUAUGAAAGUUCUUGGUGAUGGAACUUAUGGUUCUGUCAUGUUGGGCAAGGCUUAUGACACUGGUGAAACUGUGGCUAUAAAAAAAAUGAAAAGAAAAUAUUAUUCUUGGGAGGAAUGCAUGAAUUUAAGAGAAGUGAAGAGUCUACGUAAGUUGAAUCACACUAAUCUAAUUAAGCUAAAGGAAGUGAUUCGCGAAAAUGACCAAUUAUACUUUGUGUUUGAAUACAUGAAGGAGAAUCUUUAUCAGUUGAUGAAGAACAGGGACAAAUUGUUUCCUGAGUCAGCAGUGAGAAACAUAAUGUAUCAAAUCUUGCAAGGGCUAGCCUUUAUGCAUAAAACUGGUUUUUUUCAUCGGGAUAUGAAACCGGAAAAUCUACUAUGUAGUGGACCAGAAAUAGUAAAAAUAGCAGAUUUUGGGUUAGUCAGAGAAACUAGGUCCAGACCGCCAUAUACAGAUUACGUUUCGACAAGGUGGUACCGAGCACCGGAAGUCUUAUUGCGUUCUACUAAUUACAGCUCCCCUAUCGAUAUCUUCGCACUUGGAUGUAUAAUGGCAGAGCUGUACACACUACGACCAUUAUUCCCUGGAUCUAGCGAAGUCGAUAUGAUAUUUAAAAUCUGCUCGGUAAUGGGCACACCUACAAAGGAAGAGUGGCCAGAAGGUCAUCAAUUAGCAGCUGCCAUGAACUUUAAAUUUCCAAAAAUCGUAGCCACUCCCUUGAGGCAACUUAUUCCUAACGCUAGCAGUGAAGGUGUGCAAAUAAUGUAUGAUAUGUUGCGUUGGAACCCGCAGAGGCGUCCAACUUCUCAACAGGCGUUGCGUUAUUCGUUCUUUCAAGUUGGUCAGCAGAAUGUGCAACGCCCGAAACCGCCCUUGGCAGCAAAGAAACAGCAACAACAGCAAAGUGUUCAGUUAGCUCAUAAACAAUAUUCAUUUGAAAAUAAAAACAAAGUGUUAUCUGAAAAAACGAACGAUAGCAUAAAAAGAAAUAAAAACAUUCCGUUAAAUGAAAGCGUUAAUAAGCAAAAAUUUAAUUCACAAGACUUCAAUACCUCGUUAAAUAAAUCGUUUAUAAAAUCGCAUGACAAAAUAGAUCCAAUUUUCGAGCCAAAGAAGCAGGAGCCCGCUCACAGAGUCAACCAAUCACCGCGCAGACGAUGGGGUGGCAAUCAAGCGCAUGCGCAAAAAAAAGACAGUAAUGACGAGUUUGACUCUAUACUUGAUGGAUUAAGCACGUUCAAACCAGCCUACCAAGCCAGUAAAAAGCAUCCCAUCCAGAAGACAGAUACUUUAGAAGCUAUAUUGAGUCAUAAUUGUAGUUCUGGUAAAAGAGAUCCGAAAAUAUUCGAACCACUUCCGAAUAUUGGCAACAACACGCAACGUGGGCGUGGCACUCCUGGCUCUGCCAAGCAACACUACUUACAGAGGUCUAGGUACUACCCUGGAGGACCCAACGCUCCAGUUAAACCAGCCAUUGAGGGGCGUGUGAUCGAUGUUGGUUCUGGUAAGAAGCUUGUCGAAUUAACGUCUAGUCAUAUGAACGAGUCUAGUUCGAAGAGAUUGCUGGGUGAGAUUAAGAAAACGACGUAUUUACCAACAUUGGACGCGAAACAACAAAAUAGAGGCCAGAGACUAGCCGGUGGCGGUACGAUAUGGAAACCACCUGCAUUAGCAUCAAAAAAUGGCUCACUUGGGCAGAUGCAAUCGUCGCGAACUAAACUAGGAUUCCAAGGAAGGACAGACUGGAGCAACAAGUACGGCGGUAGAUGAACAUUACAUGUUUACAUUCUCAACGUGUAUACAUUCUGAGCAUGCUCAUUAUAGCUGUUUUGGCACGUAAAAUAUACUGUUCUGUGCUCCUUUAAAAAAAGGGUUGUCCUUAUAGCAGCUUUUUAACUUGCCCUUGCUAUCCCGUAAAAAACAAAGAUAGGGUAAUUAUGUAUUUUGCCGAAAUGAAGGGAGUCAUAAAGCUUCGUCAUAAAUCAUAGAUGUAUUUUUGUUUGGCGAGCCAAUUUUUACAUUGUGUAAAUAAUCUUUUGCGCGCACAAUUAUUUGUAUAUAUAAAAAUAUUAGUUGUCCGUGGUUUUGGUAAGCAAGUGCGAAUUUGAAACGAGACCGACAGCAAAUUAAAAACACAACAAAAACCCGACAGCCUUUAUAACAUUAGGGGUUGUGUGAUAGUUCAAUAAUUAUUGAAUCUAUGUCGUUAAUUAAAUCACUCUUCUUUUUUUCGCUUGAAACUUCUAAAAAGUUCUAACUUUAUCAGACACAGUUGUUUUUGGAAUACGACGACGUCCAUUCGUCCUUGCUUUCAUUCAUACAUGUUGCUAGAAAAAUAUUUAACAUGGUCACAACUUUUACCACGUGUAUAUAUCGAAACGAAGUAAUAUUUAUUACGUGAUGAAAUUUUUGUAUUUUGUUACUAAUUUAAAGAAUUACAAUCCUAA